AUGAGGAAGACGGUCAGUGUGCCGCAGACGAUCAUCGUGGUACGUCGCGGGGAUGCAAACUCGGAGCUGCGCUCUAAUAAGUUGCCGCUCGCCGGCGUGCUGACGGACGGGGGAGUGAUGGGGGCGCGGGUCGUGUGUCUGAAGGGCAUCAGGUGGGACGAGCCAAACCUGCAAGCGAACGCCGAGUACGCCGCCGCCAACCCCAAGAUGAAGAUUGACGAGCCAAAGACACCCUACCAUUAUAUUGGGCAGCCGGAGCCGGCCGGGCUCUAUUCCCCUCCAGAGAUAAGCCUCGACGUUGGAAGCCCUCGAGGCAUAGCUGUCGGCAGCGGCAGCGCCGGCGGCGCGUCUGGCGGCGCGCCCAGAGGUGACGAGGCCGGCAGUUGCGACCCCAGCAGCGCUGACUGA